CUGGUUCACGUAUCAGCCAAAUGCCGGCGCUGCCAUAUUCUUCACGGUUGGAUUUUCAAUCUCAGCUUUGUGGCAUUUUUGGCAAUGUGUUCGAUUCAAGAUGUUCCGUGCGACGCUGUUGCUCGCCGUGACGGCCGCUGUAUUCGCCGCCGGAUUUGGGCUUCGCGCCCAGGGCUCAUAUGAUUACGGAAAUUUGGGCAUCUAUAUCGCGAGCACGAUGCUCGUGUAUAUGGCGCCACCGAUCAAUGAGCUUGCAAACUUCCACAUCCUUGGUCGCCUUUUCUAUUAUGUUCCAUAUUGUGCUCCGAUUCAUCCUGGACGCACGUUGACAACAUUUGGAGCCUUACAAGCUGUGGUCGAAGCGCUGAACGGGAUCGGCAUCGCGUGGUUCUCCAAUCGAACCCUCUCGAGCGACUUCCUAAAAGUCGGCGGUGCGCUACUCAAAGCGGCUUUGAUUAUCCAGCUGUUCGUCGUCCUCGCAUUCGCGGGAUUGCUGUCUGUGUUUUACUACCGAUGCCGGCAAGCCAACGUACUUUCGCGGAAAGUGUUUGCUCCAGUGUGUAUACUCUACACGAGCACCUUCUUCAUCUUCGUACGCUGCGUCUUUCGGACCGUGGAGAUCUUCGUCGUUUAUUCCGACGUCAACACGUCAGCUGUCGAGGUCAGCACAGCACCUUUGCUCCGGUAUGAGUGGUAUUUCCUGGUCUUCGAGGCGUCGCCGAUGUUCGUGGCGACUGUGAUCUGGAACAUCUUCCAUCCUGGUCGAUACCUGCCCCAUCUUCACCGCGUCUACCUCGCGAGGGAUGGUGCCACAGAACUUAAAGGCCCAGGCUGGACAGACAAUCGCUCGCAAUGGAAAACCUUCGUGGAUCCAUUCGAUUGGUUCGGUCAAUCGAAGUCUGAAGUGCCGUAUUGGGAGACGGAUGGCAUUCAGCCCGCCUCUGAGCUAUCGAAGAAAUAGUUAAUUCUUUCAAUUCAACAAAUCCAAGGCUUUGGAGACCACCCGGUGUCAUCUGUGUUUUUGUACUAGCAUCGCCAUUUGCAGAACCUUUUGACGUCAUGCUCGCUGCUUUCCCUCCCAUACUUGUACAAGCACAUGCAAGAUUUAUCAUCGCAUCAGAAAUCGAAGUAUUUCGCAGUCGUAGAGAAUAUGCGAAAGUCUCUUUGAGGUAUCACGACACACCAUCUCAGAUAACUCCCGGGUGAGAAAUGUGAUAUAAGUGCUCAUUCGGGGCGUAUCUUAGUCCAACAAGUGGCCUGUCAUGACAUAGCUCCUCAUCUCGAUGGGGCUGGCAUGAUGAAAAGUUGUUCUGCACAACGAGACGUAGAUCGUUCAAAAACGACGACAACGGCUGGGAACUUGAGGUAGAUGUGUGACCGGGGAAGCUUACAUAUUCCGCAUAUCCAAGGGUUAUUACUCUGUUCCAUAC